CACACCGCCGCUGCUGCUGCGUCUGUCCGCUCUGACUGCGCUGCGACUCGGCCGGGUCGCCAGCUGCUCACCUGAGUGGCUCUUCCUCCCUAACCCAAACACAUUUCUCCUCUAAAAGUGUCUCCUGCUCUCUGGGACGGUGUGGAAUACGGAACCGGACGAGCCCUCCUCCGUCCUGGUUAAUGGGUGGACGACGGUGUGAUCUGUGUUUUCUAAUGAGUCAUCGUCUGUAUCUGUGCACCUAGCUACAUGGCAGAGGUCACCCCCUCUCCUCUCCCCCCCAAAGAACACCAAUGGCUUUACCCAGCAUGAUGGACGCCCAUCUGACUGAUGGAAACGGACAGAAUCAAAAGAUGAACAAACCAAUGCUUAAGAAAGUAAAUCAGAAUUCUCUGCAGUUCAUUUUUGAAACAGAGGAAGAACCCAUCAGAUUUUUAUUGAGUUCAUGCCCCAAACUACCCCACCAAACAGCCGAGUGUUGACCCUUCUGGCACUUGUUAUGAGUUGUUCAUCCGCAACCAAUGAGCCAGAGAGCUGCAGCAGUGAGGAGAGUAGCUGCACCACUUCCUCCAUCACUACCUCAAACCUGUCCUCUAUGUCCGGACACACCAGCUCUCUGAACGAUGCCACCGACACCACCCAGCAUGAAGCUCUGCCACCCCCUCCCCUCCCACCCCCGCCUCCUGGGGUACCCCCACCUCCUCCACCCCUGGUAUCAACAUCCACCAACUACAAUGGGAGAAAAAAGCGUCGUGUUCGUAGCUUCUUUUGGAAGACCAUCCCAGAAGAGAAGGUACGCGGGAAGCCAAACAUCUGGACAAUGGCGGUGAGGCAGCAGCAGUUCCAAAUCGACGUUCGUUCCGUGGAGGAGUUGUUCGGACAGCAGGAGGAGGUGGUAACAGGUUUACGAGGGGGGACGGCAACUACAGGAACCUCAACUCGAAUAUCAAGGUCACGGUCUUUUAAGGACAGCAGCAAGGGUGAGAUCAGCAUCCUUGACUCAAAGAGGGGAAUGAAUGUUGGCAUUUUUCUCAAGCAGUUUAAGAAGUCCAAUCACUCCAUUGUUGAAGACAUACGACGAGGAGAGGGGAAGAUUUAUGGAGCAGAGCUGCUCAAAGACCUGCUGAAGCUGCUGCCUGAUGCGGAGGAGAUCAAGAAACUGCAGGCGUUUAAAGGCGAUCCAGACAAGCUGACACUGGUUGAUUCCUUUAUGCACCUCUUAAUCCAGGUGCCACGGUUUGAGGUUCGGAUCGAGGCCAUGGUCCUCCGUGAGGAGUUCUUCCCCUGCUGUGCUGCCAUGGGUCAUGACAUCGAUAUUAUCCGAGCUGCUACUAAAGAGCUGAUGAACUGUGAGGAGCUUCAUGCCAUCCUUCAUCUGGUGCUUCAGGCAGGAAACAUCAUGAAUGCUGGUGGAUACGCGGGAAAUGCUGUUGGAUUUAAACUGUCGUCGCUCCUCUCAUUGGCCGACACAAAGGCCAACAAGCCAGGAAUGAACCUGCUGCAUUUUGUCGCCAUGGAGGCGAAAAAGAAAGAUGAGAUGCUUCUCAAGUUUCCAGAGAAACUGGAGCAUGUUCAGAGUGCAGCCAGAAUUUCAGUGGAAAACAUUGAGCUGGAGUUUUCCUCCUUGUAUGUCCGGAUCAAAUCCCUGGAGGAGAAAGUUCAAGGAGACCGGGAGUUGAUGCUGCAGCUGGAGCCCUUUCUGCAGAGCUCAGCACAGACACUCCAGGACCUAAAGCGACGCAGGCUGGAUCUGCGGAAAGAGGGCAACGCUCUCAUAGAUUUCUUUUGUGAAGACAAGGACACCUUCAAACUGGAUGAGGGAUUCCGCAUUUUUCAAGAUUUCUGCAUCAAAUUCAAAAAAGCUGUCAAGGACAACAAUGACCGCGAGCUGAAGGAAGCAGCUAGACUGCGUCGGCUGAGAGAACUGGAGCAAAAGCGUUUAGCGUGGUCAAGCGAGGAUCACAGCAGCGUCUUUGGUCGCAGCAACAGCGAGAACGACGUGGAGAUGCUCACCAAGGAGAACCUCCUGGACUUCUUCCAGAGCAGGUCUCAGAGUCCGCACAGCCCUCUGGGACGCUCCGCCAGCGCUCGCCGCCACCGUCACACCCUGACUUCUGUAGCCGAUCGGGAACUCCAGGGAUACCUGGAGCUGUUUGGAGACACGGGGGAUCCCACCGAUUAUUCCAAGUUUUACAGCCUACCUCGGCCAAGUCGCCCCCACCAGCGGAAGACGACUCCGUGGAUUUUAGGACAGGAAGACACCCGAGAGCCGAGCUGCGAUACAAAAGCAACUUCUCCACAUGCAGAAACUGAACUGGUGACCCCGCGGGCCCGGUUCUGCUCCUCUGGGCUGAAUGAAAAUGAGGACCCAUUUGAAAACAACAACUACUCAUCUGUUUCAGACAGCGGCGUUUUGUCUGGUUCCUUCUGCGUGUUUCAGAAGCACCUUCCCAGCCCAAUAUUUACAGGCCACAUGAACGUUAGCGUGGAGAAGCAUACGUUAGUUCAAGGCCCUCAAGCUUUUAACCUCCCCAGUCCAAAUACCAACAGUGAUCACGGGCACUGUGUCAACCUAGUUGGUGCUGUGGAGGCCGAUCUGGAAAAUCAGGAGGAACAGUCAGUCCCAAAGAAUCUGGAGAACUUUGGACACAUUUUAGAGAAGAGAGCAGAUCUAAAGGCAGAAGAUAAAGUCAAUUCUCCCUCUCUGGUUGGCAUUUCCUGUGAGAGAGAGAAGGAAGAGGAGGACCACAGCACGGUUUCAUCAACCACCUGCGACACUCCCCUCCCGUUAGAUACCUCUGUGUCUAAUAAGAAGCCAAUAUUCCACAUACCAGACUGCACAGAAACCGACUGCUCUGUUGCCUUGGACUACUCCGAGGCUGAAAGCUCUCCCCUAGCUAAAGAAGGACUCCACAUAAGAACUGACUACAGCAGAAAUCAACAAGAUCCAAACUCUUUGUCAUCUAAUUUGGAGUCUGCAUCACCCAACGACCAGUCUGCGUCAACCAAUGAGCUACCAGUUCCAAAGUGUGUAGACGCAGCAUCCGUGACUCCGUCUGCCGCCACAGAGGAGUGGGACACGGAGAGCUGCGACACAGCUGAAGGAAAAACAGGUGUGGGCAAAGAGGUCCAGAGAAAUAGCAGAAAAGCAGCGCACUUGAAGAGCAGCAAAGUGACAAAGAGCAGUGGAGGGAGAGUAGUGAGAACGUUGACCAGCAGCGAGAGCCAGGGCAUGAGGAAGGUGGUACCCAUCGGCAAGCUCACCAGGGCGGGCAGCAGCAAGCGAGGAGAGAGAUCUUCAGGACAGGAUGGAGGAGAAACACGCCGACACCUCCGUGACCAGAGCACCCCAGCCAGAGGAAGGUCUGAGAAGGUUACCAGACCUCCUCGACACUCAAGCGUACCUCCUGAUGAGUCCAAAGUCCAGAGGGGCAGCUGCUUCAUGGGUGGCGUUUCCAGAUGGGCGCGCGAUUCAACGCCAAGAAAAGCUUCCAUCCACAAACCAAGCGCCAAACCCCUGAGGAACAUCCCCAAGCCGGCGGCUGAGGAGAAGAUGUGCCGCUCCACCAUGAGAGCUCUCACUCAGGCCCAAGCACAGAUCCAGGUUGGUGCAUCUCCUGAGAGCACUAACUCAAACACAAACAACAUGAAAAUCACCGCUGAUGUCCCCAGUUUUGCCCGAAACACGGUAUCCUCAUCCUCCAGGAGCAAGAAGGAGCUGGGCCCACCGUCCGUCCCCUCUACCCCGUCCCGCAGCCCCUCGCUCCGAGGCCGGAAACCCUCUGUGAAACAGAACCGAGCAUCACCGACUGUUCACAGCAGCGAGGAGAAACCACACGGGAUGGGGACAAACCUGCGACGGGUGCAGAGCGUGAAGGCGACCACCCACAGCACCUAUCGCAGCGAGACGCCACGUCCGCCCUCGACACGGGACGACCUUUGUAAGAACAGCAGCUUCUCUGAAAAGUCUGUGCAUCCCAGAGACUUGUUGAUGUCCAGCAGAGUCACAAAGCCCAGCUGGAAGUAAAACCAGAUGUGCUGGAGACCUUUACUCAUCCUGCCUUCCACAAUGAAGUUAUCCUCACAUGACAUGCAAAAUAAAAAGCUCUCUCACCUUGCUGCAGUAGUUCACCUUCAGGUUCACAAAUUGCAAAGAGCAAGAUGCAAUAAAGUUCUCCGUGUUGUGUUUUUGUUUGUGUAUGAAAAUAAGUUGUUUUUGUUUUGUAACAAAACUGACAAAUGGCAACUUUGGGUUUUUACACCAAGAUCGAUUUGCCUGCUUAGCUGUUUGUGUCCAACACUGUGGUCUGAAGAUGACCCAACUACUGACCCGCUACAUAAUGCUGCUAAUUAGCUCUGACAGUGUGAUCGUCUCUCGAUGUCUUUUUUUACUUCAGGGUUCCAGAAUCUUAUCUUUGCUGCUGGUGUUUCUUUUAGUUUUGCUUCAUUUUCCAGUAAACAGCUGAUUUGUUUGCCUUGAUACCUCAGAGUGGUUGUUGUGGCCUUGCACCAGCAGAAGGAUGACCGGCGUGGAUGAAUCUGCUGGUUUUUUAAUGUUACUAUAGUAAAUCAAGUCAGCGUUUACCGGCUGUGGUACGUUUUUGUCCGUAGUUUGUACGUGUGUUAGAACUCCGCCGUGAUGUCCUGGAGUCGAUAAAGUUUCCAUAAAUGAGCAAUGCUGAUGCUGUUAAAGAAAAGCAUCUAAACAUCACUUAGAUCAUGUGAUUAUUUUGUCAGUCCGAUCAAAUGUUGCUUUCUUAAAGCUGUCAUCUCUUACUUCUGCAUGGUUUGUGAUUUAGUUGCGACAUUUGUCCUAAUUCAGCCAACAUGUUGUACUCAUUCUUGUUAUUGAGAGUAUUACCGAGAGCGCAUGGUGGGAGGUUUCGGUUCAAAUUCAUACGUUUAGCUUUUAGAUGUAAACAACGCUCUAGGCAUCUUCUCAGGUUGGGACAACAUUUUGUUUAAAUAAAUCUCUAAAACUUUUUUAGGUAAUAAAGAUGAAAAUGCUACUUUAAAGACCAAGUUCACUCAUUUGUUCUACACUUUAGCAGUGGCCUUUUGUAUAAAUUAAUGCCUUUUGAGUUGAUCUCUGAUGGACAAAAGCUCUGGUGCUCCUGUUUCAGGACCUAGAAGAUCCUGCAAAAGACGGCAGGAUCUGGAGUCUUAUUUCCUGAUAUUUGGGCAUCUCGCCUCUGAUUGGCUAGCAGGAACAAAACUCCACCACUGACUCUGUUUACGUUGCGACGCUGAUGUUGUAUCUCCAAAAAUAACACAAGCCUGAAGGAGUUCUGCUAUGUGGUGGAGUUGCUAAUACUAUUAGCUUCUACUAGCUGAGACGUUCUCUGGUCUCUCCCAACAACAGCCUUCCCAGUUAGGCCCCAAGCUGGGUGAGUCUACAGAUCUGGCUGGCCUUUCUGAUCUGAGAGUUUACCCGUCUAUGUCAAUGACUAAAGCAGGAAAAUGGAUUAGUAGACCAUUUACCCAUUGAGCCUGCAUGUUAAACUCAGAGUGACCAAUAGUAUUUCAAAAAUAACAAAAACAAAAUGGUUUCUCAGUGAACUUGGUCUUUAACUUGGGCAAAAUGUUUUAUUCCAUGUUGUACAAAUGUAACUUUUGGAGUAACCGGAUUUCUGAUGUGAUGGAGGCAGUCAUGUUGAUCUCAGACAUCAUUAAAGACAAAUCACACAUAAGUA